AAGGGAAUAAAAGCAGGCUGCCGGAGUAGACCGUUGUAAUUUGUUUUGGUCUGUUUCACGUUGUGGUGGCCUUGUUUUUUGCCGUUCGCUGCUUGGGUCUGCAUUUUGUUUUAUUAGGUGUAACACUGUGAGGGUCUGUAGUUUCACUCUUGAGGCCAGCCAGGCCACGAACCCACCUGGAGAAACAAACAGGUCCAGAUAUACCGCUUUAAGAGCUAUAACUGUCAUUGCAGAGGUCUGCAGUUUUACUUCUGAAGCUAGCCAGUCGACGAACCCACCAGAAGGAACAAACGCCAAACACGUCCGACUAUCAGAAGGAACAAACUCCGGACACAGCAUUUUUUAGAACUAACGCCCUGAGGGUCUGCAGCUUCAUUCUAGAAUCAUGCCAAGAACUCACAAAUUUCUGACAGGUUGUUUUUCCGCAGGAGGUUGCGGGAAGACGUACAAGGAAGGGUCGGGAUGGUGCUUGAGGGGGUCAGAGCUACACCCAAGGCUGCAUUCUGAUCAGAGACACCUAAGUUACUGCAAAGUCGGAGACACCAGAAAGGAAGACUCCCAAGGUAUGCAGAGAGGAGUGGAGGCAAACGGGAUAGACUGGCCCUCCCGCCCGGGAUCCCGCGUCCCGGGCAACGGAGACCCGGGCACACGCCACUUGCUUGCUGGGAGGCUCCUUACAAGUUACGUAGAGGGGGAGCUUUUUCUGGCCACACUUGGGUUAUCCUUGUUCUCCCUUCCCCACACUGUCGCAGAGGAGGAAGACGUGUUGGCCGCUUUUAAGAGCUAAAACGAAUGCCGAGGCUCUAAGUGGCUCUGGGGUCCAGGCUCGCCGGAGGCACCAGCGUGUGCAGACCCGGAGCGCCGUCUUCUGGGCGAGGAGUGUCAUUAGUAACACUUUGUUGCAGAUAGACGAAAGAAAAAUUGACGCUUCGGAGAUGGGGAUGCCCGAGGAGGAAGAGAGAAGAGCGAUUAGGGCCUUAAACCUCACACCCGAACAGAUUCGGCCGGAGUUACUGAGCGGCAGGCUCUCUUGAUGGAGAUGGGUGCUUUCAGACUUAAGACGUGAAAACAAAGAUCAGCCACUCAUGAACGAACUCAAGGCUCACUGAGAUGCAACUGCUGUGAAGAAGUGGGUGCAGGGUGAGAGGUCUGUCUGCCUCCUUAGAAGGACCACUGUGGCUUGUGCAGAGAUCCGAAGUUUGUUCUCAUUACAAUGGGGACGGUGGCUGAUUUAGGUUCCAGGCAGAAUGGAAUUGGGUGCCCUGGAAGCCUGAGGUAGAUUUGGUACUAUGGAGGGUGCACUUGCUGAUAUGAAGUUUUAUUUUAUACAAAUCCUGGAGAAGCUAAAUGAGGCCAUGUCAGUGUUGCCAGAAGACAUGAGAAUCAUGCCAGAUCUCUGUGGCUUAACAUUGGAACAUAGUGUUCUGGAGGCUGGGAAGUUCAAGAUCAAGGUACCAGCAAAUUUCAUUACCUGGUGCCCCAUAAUGGCACACAGCUUUACUCAGCAAGCCCUGCCAGCUUCCAAGCCCCAGGAUACUGACCUGUACCAGCACAUGGGGCAGCAUUACCUCCCCAACAGUGUGGAGAAGAGAACAUUUCACCACUGGGUGAUGAGAGUAGACAGUGACUCUUGGCUUCUCAAUGCUUGGAGAGCAUGAUUGGAGACCUUUCAUUGUUCUAUUAGAAAAGUCCAUGAAGAAGCUGUGAACAGGAUCAGUCCAGAGGAGAAAAACUCUUAUUUUCUCUGUCCAAACAUCAGUCAAUACAUUGGGAGAGCCAGCAGAAUCCCUCGCCCUAGCCUUGCCUCUUGAGCACGCUGCACAUGAACACUUCAGUGGGGUGAGCGUUCAGCUCCUAAAGGGCCAUGUUCCUCUUUCCUGUGGUCUGUCCAGAAAGCCCAAAUAUCUCAAAGAGUUUUUCUUCACUUAUUGCAUUGUUCUGUCUAUUUUGUUACCCAAUAUAAGGAUUGGCACAUUGGAUAUUAUUUCAUCAGUCAUUAAAGCAUUAAGCUCAACUUUAGAUUCCAUGAGGCCAGAAUGAUCUGCAGAAUCCACCAGAAAAACAAUCUCAUUAAUUGCUUGGAGAUAAUUUUUUCAAACCUGACAUGCUUGCUUGUGUCCACCAAGAUCAAGAGUUGUAAAAGUCAUUCCAGCAAUUAUUAGCUUUUCUGAUGUCGGAUGUAGUGUUGGAACAUGUUGACCCAAUCUGUCAUCUUUGAGCAUGUGAAGAAGAGUGGUUUUGCCUGCGUUGUCCAAACCCAAAAAUACAAGUUUUCCAAAUUUCUUGUAGAGUCCUAGGAACUGGAGCACACUGCCGAAGCCAUUGUAGAUCCACUCAAAGAGGAAAGACAUUAUUCAUGCUUAUUAUGGCCUGAAGGGCUCCUCCAGCAAUGGUGGGUGGCCCAGGCCCUCCCUCAGAGCACACCCCAAAUAUUUUCAAAUAUGAAAACCUACUUACUCUUUAGAGGUAAGGAAGGUACUUUAAAAAAAUUUAUUUUAUUUUAUUUAAGUUCUGGGAUACAUGUGUGGGAUGUGCAGGUUUGUUACAUAAGUAAACGUGUGCCAUGGUGGUUUGCUGCACCUAUCAACCCAUCACGUAUGUAUUAAGCCCAGCAUGCAUUAGCUAUUUUUCCUGAUGUUCUCCCUCCCCUCUCCACCCCCAGACAGGCCCCACUGUGUGUUGUUCUCCUCCCUGUAUCCAUGUUUUCUCAUUGCUCAGCUCAUCAUUCCAUGAGUGAAAACAUGCAGGGUUUGGUUUUCUGCAUAAUGGUUCCUGCAUAAUGGCUUCCAGCUCCAUCCAUGUCCCUGCAAAGGACAUGAUCUUGUUCUAAAGGUACUUCAAAAAAAGUACUUUAUAGGGUUGCCACUCACUCUAUAAAGCUGUGAAACUUUGUUCUCUGUACAGAUAAUAGAGUUGAAAUUUCUUGGUAAGGGUCAUUAUAGCAAUUCCUUAGUGGGUAUGCUUCCCUCUAACUUCCUUGCCAUAAUAAAAUGAAAUGAUAAAUUUUGGCACCUGUUAUUUAUAAUGGACUCAGAUCUAAGAGAAGCCAAGGAAACUGAAUCUGCCUUAACAAUUUUAUAAAAAUUUCCUUGGAUCACAAGGGGGAAAUUAAGAUUAUUAUUUUAGGUGCCAAGAUCUAAUUUUCUUUUAUUUAUAGUUUUUCUCAAGAUAUUAUUUCUUUAGAUUUCUGCUAUCAUAGAGCCAUAAUAAUCCUAGUUCCACAUACAGACAAAAGAAGUCUUCAAUAAUUUCUUCCACAAUAACCCAACACAGUAUAGACUUUUUACCUUCCAUUGACUACAUUAAAGUUCCUCAUUUUAUUUAAACCAUAAAAACAUUGUGUCAAGAAGAUAUUAACAUACAUUAAUGUUAUUUAAACAUGAUUAAAAAUCAUGGAAUCUGGAAUUUUGAAAAUAUGGGUCCUGAAAACUUUUGGCCAUGGGCUUGUUUUUAAAGUAAUUGCUUUUUUCACCCAUGCUUCACAAUUAGCAGCAGAUCUAGCAAUCUGGAUCCUUCUAGCCAAGUUCACACCGAUCAUCUCAGGCUUGUUCUUUGCUCCCACUUUUGUUUUCAUCAUUUGCUGCAUUCUAUAACUAUAUUCAGCUUCUGGUCCUUUAUUUUUUAAAACAAUAUUUAAUUGACAAUAAAGAUUGUAUAUAUUCAA